GGUAGUGCAGAGUUGGAUAGAAGAAGAAAAAAAGAAGAGGCAAGAGACAAAAAAAAUAGUGAGAGGCAUGGCAGCGUAAAGCUGGGAAUUUACUUAUAACUGCAACUGUGCAAUGGGGAUUCACAGAGAGGGACUGGGAUCUGUGUUUAUGAGCAAUGGUGGAAAGAUUGAUGCACCCCAAUAGUAUACAAUCAAGAAUAACACACUGACAGAAUUCUGGUUAAAACAGCAUGGUGUGGCAAUGAUGUGGUCAUCUGAGUGGGCGGAGCAACACUAUGAUGUCUCCUCCACCACAUCUCCAGUUCACCCUAAGCCCCUCCCAUAUCCUCAGCCCGGUCGUCCUGCGUUCUCCGGCUACACUGAUGACAUCACUGCCCUCAGUGCCUCUAGCUUGCUAAAGCGCUAUGCAGAGAGGUAUUCCUUCAACUCGGCCUUGCCAGAACCUGGGGGUUUCCUGAGAAGUGAGCAGCACCAGGAGCCUUGGCCUGGGGGGUACAGCACGGACGGGCCUCCCGGUUUAGACCCACUGAAGGGGAGCGGAAGUGAUCUUUCCGAGCAGCAGUAUAGCAGCGGUUCCACGUCUCAGGACUACCCUUCAUCCUACAGCAGCCAACAUCUGCUACCUAAACCAUCCUAUCUUCCGUCACCAGCGUUUGCCUUGCCGUCGGCAUACCUGCCCCCAGCACCAGGCUACGCUUAUCCCCAGCAAUGCGGUCUGACGGCUAGUUACCCCCACAGCACCCCUGCUCUGCUGCCCUCGGGUCUACACACCCCCACGCCUCUUCACAGCAGCCAUGGUGCUGCUGAUCUCCCACGCAACAGGAAGUUUGGCUUCGACCAGUCCAAAACAGCCAGGGUGUCGCCUUACACAAUCAGGGACAAGAGCGAACGGCAGAACAGCGACAGUGGUGGAAAUGUCAAUGAAAGCUGUGGGACGGAUAUUCAGAGCUACAGGCCCGAUAGACUUUCCGCUCAGUCCGAUCUCGAAGCCGAUUCUGUGGGCAAGACCAGUCAUCUACGGCCUCCGGAGACAAGGUCUUACGGAGGUGCGGGACAGUACACAUAUCCCUGAGUCUACUUGAUGUAGUCAGUCUGACCUUGUUUUUAUUUUAUACAUGAUUAUAGCAAUACUUGAACGUAUCAAACAUCAGGGCGAAUAUUAUUACGGUAUGAGACCAGAUGACGGUGACUGAGAAGAUAGAUGUUUCUCUUAUGCACAUUAUCAUUAUUCCUGACUGCAGCUUCCAUGUGACCUGUAGCACAAACACUCUUUUAUGUCCCUGAAAUUACUCUUUCUUUUUUAUUCUCUUCCUUUCCUCUUUUACUCUCUCUCAUCUCUCUCUCUCUCUAUAAUUAUGUUGUGCAGUGAAGCACAUUAUGGUGGCAAGCACUAAUCCACCGCUUCAAUCAAUGAAAUCCAAGCCAAAGAAAGACUGAAAGAGAGGAAUGGAAAAGAGAGAGAAAUAUGGUAAAUCAAAGCACACAUAUGAGAGUUUCAUGUCAUAUGGUUUUCAUACAUUUUGUUAGUGAGCAUGUCAGUGGUAAUAGUCAUGGAUGUUCUUCAACACUGAAGUCAGUGGGAUAAAACUCUUUAUUUUAGGAAUAUUAAGAUUCCUCUAUAAGCCUUGAAUGUAAAUCUGAUUUCCCUCAGGAAUUGUGAAUGAAGCCAUACUUAAUGUUUAUCUUAUCCAUAUUUUGAGUUUGACAGAUGUUUUCGUCUUUUAUUGUCUAGUUAGUGUAGUUUAUUUGCCAUGUCCAUCAUUUAAAAAAGAAAUUGUAACCUUACAAACAGUAUUUUGCUGAUUAAAAUGCACAGCGUACAGAACACAUAAAAUAGCUUUUACAGGGCUACUGCAAAAAAAGGCUCAAAGGGUUUUUGCAGUCUUUUCCACAAUUCACCUAUUGUGACGUUUACUAUGGAAACCUAGAGAGCUGUCCCAGCCCCCUGAGUUGAUCACUGGAUGCGUUUUCCUCUGACCCUCUGACCCUUCUCUGUUUUAAAUGAGGCAAGUGAAAGAAUAGAGAGCUUUUGUUAUGGAGAGGCAAGCGGGACAUACACUGAAAUGUACAAACCCAAAUGAAAAUGAAGUUUUAUGUUAUUUUAACUCUCACGAUAAUGCAAUAUAUGGGACAUACAUGUACAAUUUUCAUCUACCUCACUGUUACAUUUCUGUAUGUUCAAAGUAUGCAAUUGUGUAUUACAUGUCUAAAUGUCUACCUCAAGAAAAAAAAAAUACACAAAAUAAAAACUAUCGUAGCAAUA